AUGCCUGAAAACAUCACACAUCAUCAGGCCGUUGACGGAGAGAAGAGGGCUACGGCUUCGACGUACAUGGAGCUGAAGAAGGAGGCGCUCGUGUAUUUCGGCAAGUGGCAAGCCGGUGUCUUGCAGCGUCUUCGAGAAGUCAAAGUGAGCUAUGCUGAUAAUGGUGCUCAACGGAGCCGAGGUCGGGGUCGGCGACUGCGUCCAGGUUCUCGCGCUGGACGCAGCGGCCAAGGUGGCAGAGGUUGUUUGAUGCCUUCGACGUUAGCUACCGAGCCCAAGCGAGCACCAACAGUUCAUGUAGAUCCCGAGCUCGCCUCGAGAUACCCGCCGAUUGCAAACGCUCUGUGGACCCUUCACCUGGACAGACGGAAGCUCUUGCUCCAUAUUGCCCUGUUGAUUCUCGUCUCUCUUCAGGAAUAUUCCGCCAACUCUCGACUUUUGCUGGUUUCUCUAGCAUCAUCUCUCAACCUCCCUUUCAAAGAAUAUGAGAAAGACGAGAUGCGCCUGGCUAUUGCAUUAGCUGAGACUGUCCUCGAAGAACCGGCUGAGGAGGAAGCGACGCCCAAGCUGGACGAUGUCAAAGGAUCACGCAAAUGGAAGCCUGGCCUGGGUGGCGCGUCCAGCACACCGGCACCUGCUUUUCUGGCCGCGCCUCUCCAAAACGCCGGCAUUGGAACAUCUCGGGGCGGUCUCGGGCUUACCACGAGUGCGGCUGCAGGCUUGUUGGGAAUCAUGGCUGAAAACGGGGCCCUAAUGGGGUCGCUCUUUGGAAUGAACCCUACACGGCCGCUGAGCAAGUCGCUGGAGAAUAUCUUGAAGGAGGUUCAGGACUUUGCCUUUAUUCGCUUGGCGUUCAGGGGACCCUACGAGUACGUCGAUCCGAGAGGUUCGCCAGCAGAGGAUCGCAGGCUUCGCGUAGUUGUGGCCAUGAGCGGCUUCCUUUUACAGGAGGAUGACAUGACGAGAAAUUGGCGUGGCCUCAGUAGCCAGACCGAGGCUUAUGCCGUUCGAUGGGAAACUGCGGCGCUCCUAAACUUUGGCCAUGCUCUGGAAACGCUGAUCAAGACCAAAGCCUGGAAAAAGACGAGAAAAAGCAUUGCGUCAAAGACAACCCCUCGCGGCUCGGUCAACUCGAGCUGGCCGGCUCCCAUUCUAAGAGUCAGCAAAAUAAUAGACAACUCGUGGAGUGUGGGCUUCGUACGGGCCGAAAAAGCCGGGGCCAACCUUGCAGACUCACUUACCAAACAACGGUUCCAGGGAGACCGGCCCGUGUCGUUGAUAGGAUUCAGCCUCGCAGCGCGAACAAUCUACAAUUGUCUCAUGUCCUUGGCGGAACGGCGGCAGUUUGGGUUGGUGGAUUCGGUUGUUAUGCUGGGAACACCUGCGCCCGCCGACAGCGGCGUGUGGAAAACACUCAAGAGCGUCGUCUCUGGCCGGCUGAUCAACGUGUAUUGCGAGAAUGACUGCAUUCUGGGGUUCCUGUCGCGCACGUCAAACACGGAGCUCGGGCUUGCUGGGCUGCAGGAAAUACGAGGGGCGAAUGGGGUGGAAAAUCAUUGUGUCAAGUCGCUGCCCAAGGGCCAUCUGAGCUAUUCAUCGUUGUUGGGCCAUAUUCUGAGGGAUGUUGGGUGGGAGGAUUUGGAUGCGGGCGCCCUGGGCCUGGAGCGUCUUGCAGCGUGA